GAAGCCGAGAAAGGUGUAGAAUUCUCUAAACUUGGGAGUCUAACACGUCAGAAAUAUAUAAAAUCUAAAAGAAAAAAAAAACAAAAUUACAACUAGAACCCAAACAGAAUUGAAUCGAGAAAAAGAAAGAAACUGUAAAUUUUUCGAUCAUCCAUAGCUGCAAAAAUGGCUCUAAAUCCUCAGCUUUUCCCUAAUGGCAUGCCCAUCCCUUUCACCAACGAGAUGUUUGUUCUCGUCAGACAUGGCGUCGAAUUCGAAGUUGACAAGAUUCCUGGAUCUCAAGGAGGUCGUGUUAAAGCAUGGGGCAUAAUAUAUUUGUCAAAUAUACGGAUGGUCUUUGUUGCAAGUCGCCCUGUUGGGAAUUUCUUUGCUUUUGAUAUGCCUCUGCUUUAUGUGCAUGAUGAAAAGUUCAACCAACCAAUAUUUCAUUGCAAUAACAUCUCUGGUCAAGUGGAGCCUGUGGUCCCCGAAAAUGAGCAUAGGGCUCUCUACUCCACUCAUUCAUUCAAGAUUUUGUUCAAAGAAGGUGGAUGCGGAACCUUUGUUCCACUUUUCUUGAACUUGAUUGCUUCAGUGAGACGAUAUAAUCAACAAGUAAAUCAUGAACCACAGCCUCGUGUGGAUCCUUUACAAGCAGCACAAACUCCAGUCGAUGAAAUGAUGCGACAUGCAUAUGUUGAUCCUAAUGAUCCAACAAAAAUCUUCUUACAGCAGCCAACUACGGAGUCUCAGUUAAGGCGACGUACGUACCAAUCCCAACCGGUUGAAGGUUUGAUGUAAAUUUAACCUUGGCGUUUUAUAACAUCAUAUUGCUAAGAAACUUAAGUGAUGUUUAUUGUGUUGUGUGAUUAAAUGCUGCAUCAUGGCAUGGCAUAAUGCUACAAUUUCAUUUUCCUCUCGUCCUUUAUCUUUAUGAGUGAAUAGCAGUCGCUUGUUUAUAUAUAAAA